CCUCCUGCACUCCACACCUGGACAGGUGAGCGAACAGUGCGGCGCUCCUUCUUUUAUCUAAGCAAGACUCCCGUGCCUUCAUUAUGUCCGUGAGGUACUCCAACGCGCCCCGGAGUUUCUCCAGCAUGAGUGCUUCGGGCACGCCGGCUCUGAUGGGGGGUCGAUAUAGCUCCAACAGCAUGUUCGGGGGCGCAGGUGGACGCGGUUCUCGCAUCUCCAUGUCCACAUUUCAGGGCGUUUCAAGCGCGCCGCGCCCGUACGCCCAGCAGAACAGUGCGGUUUUGGUGAAUGGAGCGGACGACAAAGGAAAAAUGCAAGAUCUGAACUGCCGCCUGGACAAAUACCUGUCCCAAGUGCGUACGUUGGAGGAGUCUAAUAAAAAGCUGGAAGACCAAAUCAAAGAGGAACUGUUGAAGAGGGGAAGUCAGGGUACGCGAGACUGGAGCGUCUACGACGAGCCGUUGGCUGACCUUAGGGGACGGAUCCGCGACACGACCAUGGAUAACGCUCAACUGCUGCUGCAGAUUGACAACGCCAGACUGGCCGCUGACGACUUUAAAGUCAAGUUUGAAUCUGAGCUAGCCUUGCGGCAGGGUGUGGAACACGACAUCGCCGGAUUGCGCAAGAUCAUCGACGACACCAACAUGUGCCGCUUGCAGCUGGAGAGCCAAAUCGAGGCCACCCAAGAGGAGCUGGCCUUCCUCAGGAAGAACCACGAGGAAGACCUGGCCAACUUGCGCAGCCAGAUAACCAACUCCAACGUCUCGGUGGAGCUCAACGCUCCUAAAGGUCAGGACAUGAACGAGACCAUCUCCAAGAUCCGUGAUCAGUACGAGAAGACGACUCAGAAGAGCCAGGAGGACAACGAUGCCUGGUUCCAGGACAAGUUUGACAAACUGACAGCGGAGGUGAGUCUGAACACAGAGGCCCUUCAGGACGGGAAGACGGAGCUGACCACCCUGCGGCGGGAGAAGCAGGCCCUGGAGGUCGACCUGCAGGCCCUGCACAACAUGAACCACACCCUGGAGGACACGCUGAUGGACACGCAGAACCGCUACGGGCAGAAGAUGAUGGAGCUGAACCAGCAGCUGCGGCAGCUGGAGGCCCAGCUGGCCGACCUGCGGGCCCAGGCCGAGAGGCAGGCGGGCGAGUACCAGGCCCUGCUCAACCUGAAGAGCAAGCUGGAGGAGGAGAUCGCCGACUACCACCGCCUCAUGGGGGACGACGGCCAGGGCGACAGAGUGGAGUUUUCUUUAGAUCAGGCCCUGCAGGCUGCCCCGCCGCCGCAAACUCGUAAGAGGGUGAUCAUAGUCAAUCAGGAGAUCGUGGACGGUAAGGUGGUGUCCCGGCAUCAGAUGGAGGCGGACGCUCCGAACGGCUCUGCCGAGGAUGAGGACGAGGAAGAGGGCACCCGGAGCCCGCCUGAGCAGGAAGUGACCUCAGACUGAUGAACGCAUUGACAGACCGCCGUGCUGCCUGACCCCCUCUCUGCCUGAGGGUCCUGUCCUGGAGAGGACAGGGCUCCCAUAGCCUCCGCUCUCUAAUAAAACACUGAUUUACACUCCA